UGUGCAUGCAGGUUUGUUGUAAUGUGGGGUCUAUUAUUUGCAGUACAGUUCCUGUGCAUCUUCCUGUAUUGUCAGUAAUCUGUAGGGUUUAGACCUGAUUCAAGGAGGGAACGUUUUCUUUGAUCACACUCUGCGUAGCCAGAUUAUCAGACUAUUACUGGGUACAGCUGCCUGCUUUACCCUGAUCUUACUGGAGCCUCAGGACCGGGCAUUCUAAUAGUGGGGGCAUAUGCCAAUCUGAACAGCGGUGGCACUGCCUGGAUUACAUUCCAGCUUCAUACCCUCUGCUUAUCUGCUCGCCAUUCCCUAUGGAUUUUCCCAGAGGAUGAUAAUGUGAGGUUCUCCAAUGGGUGGCACAUCCACCAACCUGAAGAGGCUGCGAUUAGGAAAGCUAAAGAUUGUGCGUAGACGCCUCCUUCAGAGAUAUGAGCACCAGCCUUUCAUCUCAUUACUGGCCGGUCUCUAUAGCUGUCGAUGGAAACGUUACCAGCGUCAGAAGACCGAGCCAGGACAAUGGUGUUGCAAGAAGACGGAGUAUGUGUUCUUCCUUCUUCUGGUCGGGACGUUUUGCCUCUCCUUGGUAUUCCUCUACUUCUGGGGGGAAGCUCAGAAUGAUUAUAAUGAUUUUGACUGGUACACGUAUGGAAGUGUGGGGUACUGGUUUCUGUGGUCCUUGGUAAUUCUUGUAGUGGCUGCUCUACUGUUUACAUAUAUCGCAAUACUACUGGUUUUAGCAGUAUGUUUGCUUUCCGAAGGGCAGCAGUUAUACCUUCAUUGGAGUCACAAGACAGGAAUGCUGCUGGUUCUGGUAUUCUCCAUUGCUGCUCUUGCUGCCCUGUCUAAAUUAUGGGGGGAGGAAUGGGACACUGUCCGUCUGUCCUUCCAGGUUACUGCCCCAUACCUACAUGUUGGUGCAAUCGCAGCAAUGGUACUCAUGUCCUGGCCAGUGGCUCUGUACUUUGUCAGAACGAAUAAAAAAGUUUCUCAGGUGCUGAUAAUUGCCCCCUACCUGUUACUUUUGCUAUUUCUCUACUUGAUACCCCUUGGGAUGUACUCACCUUGCAUCAGAGAGAAGGGGACCCUCCCCCCUAAGCCACUCCUGAUUGGACAUAGAGGAUCCCCUAAGCUGGCCCCUGAAAACACGAAGAUGUCAUUUGAGAAAACUAUUGAACACGGUGGAAAUGGUUUAGAAACAGACGUUACAAUAAGUUUUGAUGGGGUGCCAUUUCUCAUGCACGAUAGCACUUUAAAAAGAACGACGGAUGUAGAAGAUGUGUUUCCCAACUGGACCAAAGUGAAUGCAGCCAUGAUGAGCUGGGAGAUGCUGGAGAAGCUUAAUGCUGGGAAGUGGUUCUUGCAGGACAAGCCGUUUUCCCACAUGGCAUCACCGUCGAAUGAAGAUGAACAAAUGGCAGCAAAUCAAUCGAUUUUCAAACUAAGUGAAUUCCUUAAACUCGCGGACCAUCACAAUAAGACAGUGUUGUUUGAUCUCUACCGACCACCAAAGGAACAUCCAUACAGAGAAUCCUGGAUUAACCGGACCCUGGAGGUCAUCCUUAAUGAAUCGUCGGUCGACCCAAAACUGGUUCUCUGGCUGCCAAAUGAUAUGAGAUCAUUUGUCCAGGUAGUGGCCCCAGGUUUUCAGCAGACGGUAGGAAUUAAGGCACCUCUUGAAGAACUUCUGUCUAAUCGUAUUGUGAAACUGAACUUACCAUACAGCAAAAUGUCUUACUCAGACAUCCGAAUGUAUGCAGCUGCCAAUAUUACCACAAAUCUGUACGUGGUCAGCGAGCCGUGGCUGUACUCUCUGGCGUGGUGCGCUGGCGCUCAUUCUGUUACCACAAAUACUGUACAAACCCUGAAAUCGAUGGAUAUGCCAAUGUUUCUUAUGACUCCCACUGAGUACCAGCUAAUGUGGAUUCUCACAGAUAUCAUUUCUGCUCUGCUGAUUACACUCAUCUUUGUUCUGCACUGGUGGAGGGAGCGGGGAUUGUCAUGCUGCCCUGAGACCAUUGACCUGCUGGACGAACUGGACAUGUCGGUGUCGGAAGACAGUUAUGGCAAAAGUCGGCCCACAUCUCCCAAUGAGACACACAACACAGCAAAUCUUGGAGGUGUUGACACAGCCUGAGUGUGUAGAGACUGGAGUCGAUGUUGUUAUAUCUCCAAUCCAGCAUGCUAGAGGAAUAUCAUUUUAUGGAUGUUUUCUGUUGGGUAGCUGGGCGAGGUAGUUUAAGUGUUGUAUCCUGUCUCAUUCAUUGGUUGUUCUUGGUCACUGGUGUGUGGGAUAGACUAUAUAACUAUAAUGGUUUCCAAGAUCACAACCUUACAUUGAACGUGAAAUAGACGUGGAUUGAAAAGGCAAUGUUAACAGUUCCACACCGCCCCAAAACCAUCUGACAGAUUCCAGGUCCACUGUCUACAAUUACCCCAUAGAGGACUACUUUAGGGUAUAUUUUAACUUUAGUUAGGAUGAGGUCACUACAGAAUCACCUUUUUAUUGUAACAUGAUAUGUUCUUUGUUAGAAAGCAUACAAUAAUGUUUUCAGUUGCUCUGGCACAAAAACAAGAACAUCACUUCAAGAGUUGGAAUCUUAAACCUCAAGGAAGUCAUGUGAAAUGAAUCAUUUUGUGAACGAGAUACAAGUACAAUUGUCUAUUUGUAUCGAUUUGUAUUUGUAGAACUGUUAUACAGUUUAAUUAGUAUAGAAGACUCACAUUGUAUGUUGGACAACCAUUCAACAUCACCCUUUUUUCCCUUCAGUUUCAUCUAAUGACUGUCUCUGAUUGGCUACGCUAGUGAGUAGAACCAUUGAGUAGUGAUUAGUGACCUUCAUAGUCUUACGACAAACAUCAGCAAUCUACAACCAUCUAGGGCAGUCCUCAUGGCCCACCAACAAUCGAGGAUUUAUGUAUUUCCCUUUUUUAUUCCAAUGGAGAUACUGACAAAACCUGGACUGCUGGUGGGUGUUGAGAACUAGUUUGGGAACCACUGACCAGUGGUGUUCAUCACAGCUCUGGACUCUUCAAUUAAAUGGUGGUGUGUUCUUUAAAUUUCCCUGCAUCUAGUUGCCAGAGGUAUUCCAAUUCCUUUAUGAUUUCCAGACCUCCCAAGUCAUAUGAAAUUCUUCGGUGUCACAAUGCUCUCCCAUAAUCCUCUUGAUCACUUGAAAGGCUCUACAACCCAGUGUCGAGAGGGCUUAGGCAAAGAGCAUCGUGAUAACAGGAUAAACUGUGAGUGUUACAGCCUUGCUUAGCAUAUGGGCAUCCUGGUAUUCCAGCAUGACCCACACCUUAUAGGGCAAAUAGAUGCAUCAAAUAUGUAAUUAGGAUCACGGACGCACCAAAUUAGUGGGCACAUCCCCUUCUUUCUAUCGAAUUUAUAGAUUUAUUUAAAAAGCUCCAUUUGGUUUCAUCUCCUUUUUAGAAUGUCUGCUUAGGUCAUUAUUUAUGAGAUCAUCAGUUGACAGCUAAUUUGGACCAAAACACUAAAACUGGGAAAAGCAGCGUAUAUUACAAUAUAGUAGAAACUUCUACGAUUUUAAUGUUCAAAUCCUCUUUUGUAACCUAGCCCACAAAUAGGUUUUUGUGAAAGAUUACCACUCCUCUUUUAUAUUUCUUAAUAACUGGGCUUGACAAACAAAAACUGUAUAAAAAUGUCUAAUAUUGUACUUUUAACCAUUUUCUAAUUAAAACACUAAUCUGUUUUUUACUGUCAUAGACAGUUCUUUCGCUUGCAUUCCUGUGCCAGCAUUUUACUCCCGUUAAUUUCCAAGUUGUUUUUAUAAAACCAGUUAGUAUUUCAACCUUCUGUAGAAUAUAUAAUGCAUUCUAAUUUUUUUGUAUCCAUUAUUUUAUUAUAUAAUGUGGUAACUUUUCAGUUUUAUGGCUCUAAUUGAAGUUCGGGGUCAUAUUCACUAAACUGUGACUUUUGACGUUUUGACAUAACAUUUGCAAACCUCAGAGCAAAUAACCAAGUUAGAAAAAAUACUCCAAACCGAUCCAUAUCGGUCUAUAUUUUGUGAUUUGACUGUCUUUCUGUCGUAAAUAGCCCAUGGUUUAAAAUUGUUUGCAUGGGGCUACACACGCUUCUUUAUUGAACUGUUUACUAACGUGUUAGCCUGGGGAUACAUUUGACUUUAUUUGAAAGUCAUAGCACAUUACCCACAUGGCAGAGACUGCCAACUCCUCUCACUCUAAUAAUUUCAGACUAUAAUUCCCAUCCUGCUUAUGUCAUCAGAUUUCUGAUGAGGGCUGCGGUCUGUUGUAUCGAAAAUGCAGGUUGUGUCCUUGUCACACUGUUUCUAUGCUGUUGUUUAUGUAAUUUAUAGAUUGUGUCUUAUGUAGUAAAGCCACGGAGGUUUUCUUUUCUUUUUUUUUUUCUGUUUUGUAAAAAGUACUCUAUUUUUGUGAAAUGAUUUUACUUCCCGCUUUUAAAUGAAUUUUGCUCCUGCCUAUAGCAAUAAUGUUAUGGUUAUGAUUGUAUAUUGUAAGUUAAAGUCAUGACUGGGCUGUCAAGUCUGAUAUCAGAUUUUACAGCCUUAAUAAAAAACAUUUUUUUAUAGAUA